AUGGCAACAUCGGAGGAUAGUGAUGUUGCCAUGGUGAUUAUGAAAGGACCUUUAGCGAGGACACCAAUAAGAGAUGCAUGCAGUAACUCAGAGUGCAUCGCCAUGGUUACAUCCGAAAGGCGUGUCUACGUAUGUGACCUGACAGAUGCUAGCAAACAACACAAAUAUGUCAAGGUGAACUUCACGACAUCCGAAGGUGAUGACAAACCUGACGUUGACAUCGUGAGCGUGUGCUGUGGUCGACAUCACUUCCUUGCUCUCUCUGCCCGUGGCAGGGUCUACAGCUGGGGCAAGAAUAAUUACGGACAACUCGGGCUUCGAAAGAAGAAACAAAAGCACCACAGAAGGCAGGACAAAGAGAAAGAAGCUCCAAAGCCAAGGGUAAUCGCGGGAUUAUCAAUCUAUGACGUCAUCAAAAUCGCAUGUGGGGAUAACCACUCCCUCGCCCUCACUCCAGAUGGGCGCUUGUUUUGUUGGGGAAGCAACGGCAACGGCCAGCUCAGUAUCGGGGAGCAGCUGCGUACGCGACACCACAGCGAAGUACCGACUCAAGUUAAAGGCCUCGCAAACGUUACAGUACAACAUAUUGCCGCUGGGGGCGCACACACCGCCGUUGUUUCCUUAAGUGGUUCUGUCUAUGUAUGGGGCAGUAACUCGCACGGACAACUAGGCCUCCUAGUAACACAAGUAAUUGGAACUAGAGCCAUCUGGGCCUAUAUGCAGAAUUUGGCCAACCUGGUUCGAGUUGGACACAAUAUGAAUGGCGAGCUGUAUGUUCUUGGAAUGGGUGUAGGAACGCAUCCACACCAGUGGUACAAGACUGAAGUGAGCCCGGGACGAACAGAUAAAACUCAUCUCUACUCAUCUUUGCAAUCAUAUGGUCGCUAUACUUUCGUCGUUGAGCAGUCCAACUGUAGACCCUUUGUUCUGGACCACGGAGAGGUAGGUGGACUAGAUUUAGACGGACCUUCCCAAUGCCUGCAACUCGACCCUCUAGAAGGAACCACAUUCGCUGAUACCUUUGGACCCGAAGCGCUACCGGAAUGGCCACACAGACAGGAUAACGCUGACGUGGAACUGUAUAAAGUUCAGAAGGUCAAAGUUCAGAAGGACGGUUAA